GUCCACUUGAAAGUCCAGCCACUGCUUAACAAGUUUCUUCAGGCCGUAAAGUUUUAUUACAUACUGAUUUACACCCCACAUAAAAAUCUUAGAUAACCAUCAGUUCUAGCUAUCUUUUUUAUCGUCCAUACAAUACAUAAUAGGAGUGCAGCAGAUGUGUGUUUUAUCAGCUAUGGUCAUGAUAUCAUAUAUUAAUUUACCCACAAAAUAAAGUACACAGCUCUUAUCAGCCUGGGGACACAGGGAUUGUUCGUGGAUUGCGAUACACGGCUUAUGGGGGCUUACUCGUAAAAACGAAUACAAACGUCGCCAUCUGCCAUGACAGCAAGCAGUUUUAAUUGUGAAUAAGUUCAUUCAUUCCAUUGGAAACCCCAUGUAAUAUGGGCAUAAAAUAGGUAGAGCCACAAACGCUGGAUCAACUAAUGAAGACAGUAAUUAAAAUGUAUUUUUUUUUUAAAUUUUGUGCGUUUAAAACUAAAUUAAAAGUCAAUUUGUUAUAGAACUUGGAAUCACAAAAGGUUGGGCAUGAGGUAUAUUUUGGGAGAAUGUGUAUCAGUUCAGUCUAAGGGAUCCAUUGAAAUGAAAGUUGGCUGGCGGCUAAGAGUGAUUACACUGUUUAUUUGGACAAUCCUGACAGGCAAUGUUCGGGCAAAGGUGGAUAUCAGAUACACAUCAGGUCUGCAAGUGUUUGAAAAUCAUUUUCUCGUAUCACUAGAUGGAUGCCUACUUCACCAAGAUGGAGUGCGUCAAUCACAUGCCUGGACUAAUGCAAAAUGUCAGCUGUCGUUUGGAUCGAACAUCCCAAAUCUCAAGCUCAUUCUCCGUAGAAUUCACCUUGGCCAACACUCUGAAUGGCAUCAAUGGAACAUAUAUAUUCGGCAUAAAGCGUGGCUCAACGGUAUCCAACUAUACUACCUUGGAAAUUAAUUAUUGCGAUGCUUUGGAAUCAAUAUAUUCGAAUUAUUUGAUGAAAAUGAUUGCCGAUGAGCUACGACGUGCUUCCAAUUUCCCCUUUCAUUGUCCUUUUAAAAAGAAUACACCAUUUUAUAUCAAGGACUAUACAAUCGAUACAAGGGUGAUCCCAAGCUAUGUGCCCGAAAUCAACUUCGUAUCGGACUGCACUCUCAAAUUACACAAAAAGAAGGUGUUUCAAUUAAUUCUACAUGGUCGCGUUACUCGUCGAAAAUCGGGCCGUUGAAUGGAGAUCAUAUAGAGUACAUAUACGAUCAA